AUGUUCCGAAAUGUACGUGACUAUUUCAAAAGUUCGAAUGAAAAAAGUGAAAACUCCGAAAAUGGAGCAGUUGAUGGAGGUAAUAACGAAAGUGAAGGUAAUGCCAAUGGGGUGAAUGACGGGAGUGGAGAACGGGGCCCCCUUUAUGAUGAAGCAAACCAGGCGGACUACCUAAAUGAGGGGUCUUACAAGAAUGUAGGUGAUAUUUGCAAAGAGGAAGUGAGAACUGGAAAUAAUUUCAGAAAGAAAUAUGACAGUUACAGUGAUUUGGAUAAUGCUAAGAAGGGGUGUAGUACGAGUGAUGAGGACAGUCGUAAAAAUAAAAACUUCGUUACUAACGGGGACACCUACAAGAAGAGCGAACAGUUUGCGAGUAAUUGCGAGAUCAGCGCGAGUUGCGCGGUGAGCGACGCAGGAAGUAACGAUGGGAAGGACUUCAGCGGCGAAUCCGAGAACGAGCGCGACGCUGCAGAUCCGGAAGGCAAAAAUAGCAGUAGGAGGGAUAAGCACAAACUGGAUCUAAGUGAUGAAGCUUUGAAGAGGAGGAAAUUGACCGAAGCAACGGCAGUAGAUGAGGAAGGGGAGGAAAAUAAGAUCAAUGGUGAUGGGGAAGAAGAGGCUGUUGAUAAGGAAAAGCCGGUGGAGGAGAACCCCGACGAGAGUGCCAACUCCCCGAGUGAAGAGAAGGUGAAUUAUUUGCAAGAAAAAUUACAACAGCUCCUAUCCGAGACGAAGCGGUAUACGGAGAAGCUCGUAGGUCAGCGAGUAAAAAUGAGUGUGCAAUCAAAGGGGAACAAAACAAGACGUUGUGCAAUGACAGAGAAGGAAGAAGAUUAUAUGUUAUUGAAGGAUGCCAAUGAGGAGGAUGAAACGUUUAUUAUGAAGCAGCCAGCUAAUAUCAACGGGUGCAUGAAGCCUUAUCAAAUUGAAGGGCUAAAUUGGCUGUACCAGUUGUAUAGGCACAAGAUUAACGGAAUUUUAGCAGACGAAAUGGGUUUGGGAAAGACCUUGCAAACUAUCAGCUUGUUAUGUUACUUAAGAUUUAAUAAAAAUAUAAAAAGGAAAAGUAUCAUUAUAUGUCCCAGGUCAACAUUAGACAAUUGGUAUCAAGAAAUAAAAAAAUGGUGUACACAAAUGAAGGCUUUUAAAUAUUAUGGGAGUAAGGAACAGAGAAGGGAAUUGAACAAGAAUGUGUUACAUACAGAUUAUGAUGUGCUGCUGACGACUUACGAAAUAGUGAUUAAGGAUAAGAGCGCCUUGUUUGAUAUCGACUGGUUUUUUCUCGUAAUAGAUGAAGCACAUAGGAUAAAGAAUGACAAAAGUGUGUUAAGUUCUUCUGUCCGUUUUUUGCGAUCUGAGAAUAGAUUACUAAUUACAGGAACACCCUUACAUAAUAACUUGAAGGAGUUGUGGUCCCUAUUAAAUUUUUUAAUGCCAAAAAUAUUUGACAACUCCGAAGAAUUUGACAACUUGUUUAAUAUAUCAAAGAUCAGUUCCAACGAUAAUAAGCAGAGUGAAAUAAUCACCCAGCUGCACACCAUUUUAAAGCCUUUUAUGUUAAGAAGGCUUAAAGUGGAAGUGGAGCAGUGCUUACCUCCCAAGAGGGAGAUAUAUGUAUUUGUGGGCAUGUCAAAAUUGCAAAAGAAAUUAUACUCUGAUAUACUUAGCAAAAAUAUUGAUGUAAUUAAUGCCAUGACGGGGAGCAAAAAUCAAAUGCUUAAUAUACUUAUGCAGCUGAGAAAGUGCUGUAAUCAUCCCUACCUAUUUGAUGGUAUUGAAGAACCACCUUACAUUGAAGGGAAUCACUUGAUCGAGACAUCUGGGAAAAUGUCCCUCCUGGAUAAACUGCUCCCAAGAUUGAAAAAAGAAAAUUCACGUGUGCUUCUAUUUUCACAAAUGACCAGAGUUUUAGAUAUCAUUGAUGAUUAUUGCAGGUGGAAGAAUUAUGAGUACCUUCGUAUUGAUGGGUCUACAGUAGGAGACGAGAGGCAAAUUAGGAUCAAUCAGUUUAACGAACCGAAUAGUAAAUAUUUUAUUUUCUUGCUGUCCACCAGAGCAGGAGGAAUUGGAAUUAACUUAACUACAGCAGAUAUUGUGAUCCUGUUUGAUUCAGAUUAUAACCCGCAGAUGGAUAUUCAAGCCAUGGACAGAGCACAUCGUAUAGGUCAGAAAAAAAAAGUCAUUGUGUACAGAUUUGUCACACAAAAUUCAGUGGAGGAGAAAAUUGUCGAAAGGGCAGCGAAGAAAUUAAAGCUAGACUCUCUUAUUAUUCAAAAGGGAAAGCUAAAUUUGAAUAACAAAGAAAAUAACAAACAAGAAUUACAUGAUAUUUUAAAUUUUGGAGCACCGGAGGUGUACAAAACACAAGACAUCUCGUCCAUUUCGGAUGAAGAUAUUGAUAUCAUUUUAGCCGAUGCUGAGAAGAGAACUAUGGAAAUUGAAAAUAAGUUAAAAAAUUUAGAAAAUAUUUUUGAUUUAUCGAAUAUAUCGCUAGAUGGAGGAUUGAACAUGUACAACAAUUUGACAAAAGACGGUUCAGAAGGAUCCAGUGAUGAGGAGUAUACAGACUCGGAGGAUGGAGAGGAAGAUGAAGAGGACGAGGAAGGAAAUUACUCGGAGGGGGACCACAUUGAAGGACAGGCAGGAGGUGCAGGAGGCAUUGACGGAGUUGUCAAAAAGAAGAAGAAAAAGAAGAAAAACUUCAACAAAAUAAGAAGUACGAUAAAAAAGUUCCUGAAAAAUAAUAAAAAAAAUAUGGCCUUCCUUGAUUUAGGAGAAAGAAAAAGUAAAUGGAAAGUUAUGAAUUCGACAAGCAACAAAAUUAUCAAGAAAAAAAUAGAGCUGCAUGGAUGGAGAGCAGAAGCGAGGGGGGGACAUGACUUCCAAUUUUUUAAUAAUGCAAAAUUAGAUGAGUUAGAAAAGCUAGAAGAAAGGUGGAAAAAGUAUCGCAUUAGUGAAGACAAAAUUAGGACAAUUAUUGACGCACAAAGUGAGGAAAAGGAUUUUGACAAGUACAUAAAUUUUUCUGACUUUCUCGAUCUGCAUGCAAAGAACAUUUACGAAAUUAUCAACUUGAUAUAUCCGAACAUUUUUGAUGAGCAUACGGAGGAGGAGGGUGCGGGUGAACCCAGUGCGAAUGGCGCAGAGGGGGGAAGUGCCAACAACCAGGAUGGCACGAGCAAGACAGAGGAGGUUGUCGGCGAGGCUAGCGACAGCUUAAGCGAGGUGCAGCAGGUGAAGAAGAAAAUCAUCAAACUGUUUGAGUCGAAGAAGAAGCUGAACAUGGUUCGGUUCAGGGACAGAAGCGUGAAAGUCUGCUACGAGUACAUUACCAAUGUUGUUAAGAGGCACUUGGGAGAGAACAGUAACAACGAAAGUAAUAGCAACAAAAAGAGUAAGAGCAGCAAGCCCGUUAGGAAGUCCGUGGACCAUGACUUGGUCAACAUAGACAUUGAUCAGAUAAGGAAUGAAAAAGAGAAGCUUCUGAAGGAAGGGUUCGCCAAAUGGAACAAGGCGGAAUUUAACAAGCUGAUGAGUGGGCUGAUCAUCUACGGCAGCGACGACAUCGAGUUCAUCCAGGAGAAGUACUUUGGCAAUUCGAAGAAGACUCUGGAGGAUAUAAGGGCCUACUUGCGGGUCUUUUUCCGGAAAUACAACCAGGUCAAGGGGGGUAAAAGACUCUUCGACAAAAUUCAAAAGUCCGAUCUGCAGAGGCAGUUGAUACAGGAGGAAAACGAUCUCAUCGCAAAUUUUGUUGAAAAGCAGCUGUCCGAUGGAGUCGACACCAUUGACAAGCUGGAAUUGCCCCCGAAUCUGUGCUACGAACAUUUGCAGAAACUGGAGGAACCACCAAACCCCCCCACAGGGGAAGUUAAGGAAGAGAAGGAGACCAAAAAUGCUAUGAGUGAAGAAGAAAUAGCAUAUUACGAAAGAGAAAAUAAAAUAUUACUUUGGCUGUUGUACCAGGAGGGGGUGGUUCACACAAAGAGCAUUCACAUUUUGACGCCCUAUUAUUGGGCUCAAGCUCAGGAUUUUUUUAAGUACGCAAGCACCCCGUACGAACACAUAGAGUAUAGAUGCCGCCUGAUCGUGGAUGCCGUUGUGCAGAUGAGCAGAAGGAACUCUAAAGCCUCGAGUAGCAAGGAAAAGAAAAAGUGA